AUGGCUGGCUAUGGUCAAGUUGCUCGCCGAGCUGAGUAUGCAGUAUACGACAUCAACAACCUUGGCUAUCCCUGUGGCACUCGAGAGGUAUACUUGCCCGCAGCCAAAGCGAAUCCUCCACCAGUCCACGAGCAAUGGAGACAUACAUCAGCUCACCUUUAUGAGCCUUUUUUCUGCGGCGUCGACCUCCCUCCCCUGAUGUUCCGCCUCGAGCCACACCACGACAACUUCCGAGACGAGAAUGGCAACGACCAUCCCGUCCCAGACUUGUACGACCAAGAGACUCGUCGCCCAAUCAAGAAUGGCCGCGGUGCACACCUCCGUUACUUCUCCUUUCUUCCUCGAUACAUCGCCUAUGGCGUCAACGGCUCCCUCCUUGACUUCUGGUUCAAGCUCGAUCCUCGACUGGAAAUGAACGACAUCCUGAUGCGCAUGGAACCGAGCGUGCAUUUUGUGCCCGGCAAAAUUGCAACAAAAGGAAAAGUUCGCAACGCUCUGCGUAUGAGAAGAGAUCGCAACUUUCGAGAUCGCAUUGGCCUUGCUCGGUGGGGUGACAGCAGACUAUAUCCUGGUGAGGGCGAUGUCAAAGCACUCGACAAGCUCGAUAGUCUGCAAAUCUGCCUCAACACUACCAUGAUUGUAGACAUGCCCGGAAGACGGUUGCUCAAGCCUUCAUUCCUCGACAAAGCUUGUCGGCAUUUUCGAGGGUAUAUAGACUCAGGUCUGCCUCUCCAUUACUUUCUGCAAGAUGCACCAGACUCCGCGGUGCCGUCGAAAAAGAUGCUAGCCACACUGGAGCUGAGAGCGAGAAUGCAGCACCUGGCAGUACUCAAGGGCGUUGGUGGUACCCUUGAGGACAAUUGGAUUUACCUAAAUAAAAUCGAAGAUUGGCCUCCAUGGUGGAAUGACAAGGCUAAGGGAACAAAACAAGCGGAGGGUAGGAAGAUCCAUGAGAUUGACAAUCUGACACAUAAAGAGUGGGCCUUUUUAGGUUAUGGCGACAAUGCAAGAGGUGGCUGGAGGGAGAGGCAGCAGACACGAGGAGACGUGAUCUAG